AUGUCUAUCAAUUUACAUUCACAAUUGGAAUUAGAUACAUCUUAUAAACUAUUACAAUUAACACCUGAUUUAUUGAAUAUUUUAACGAAUCCUGAAUAUAAAGGUGAUGAAUUAAAGUUUAAAUCCUUACAUGACAAUGGCAAAUCAGAUGUGGUAUUAUGUUCCAAAGAAAAAACGUGGUCUAUCAAACAAAAGAAUCAUUCCAAUACAGUUCUUUUAAUGAAAGAAUUCGUACCUGAGGACAAUGAAAAUGACGAUGGAGAAGAUAAUGAUAGAAUCGAAACAUUCAAUAUGCCGCGACCCAUUAAUGAUUUCUUAGGGUUUACUAAGACUACUUUUGAAUACGAGACAAGAUUAAGUAAGGGUGAAAUAAACCUUGAAAUGGUACCUGUUUACGAUGGGGAGAAAGAUUUUUUUGAUCAUAAUAAUACUAAGGGAAAGAAGAAGAAUGGUAAGAUAUCCAAGUUGCAAAAUAUGUCUGAAUUGAUUGAGAAUUCUUGUUGUUCAGAAAAGGAAUGUUUGGAACAAUGGAAUCGACUUGGUGGUUGUGAGAUCAAUGGGUAUGUUUGUUUACUUUCAUCUGAUUUCUUAUCCAAAUCGUUACACGUGGUUCUUAUGAGUGUAAUGGCAGAGCAAUUAAAUAUGGAUCAAUUAACUGUAGACGAAACAUUUAACGCAAUAGAUAAAGAUGUUGGUGACGGAUUUAGUCCAUACACGAGGGAAGUGGUCAAGACAGUAUUGAACAAAUUUGGUACGAGUAUCUCUAAGAAUGAAGAUAAAGGUACCAGAGAUGUAGAAAAAUAUCGGUUAGAUACGCCGGAAAUUACCAAAUGGUAUGGUAUACUUGCUCUUAAGAAGUAUGUAUCAAGGAGUAGUAUGGCACUUGACGAGUUUCUCAUCAAGUGGAAAUCAUUAUUCCCACCAUUUUUCCCAUGUAACUUAGACAUAGCUAUGUUGCGUGGCUGGCAUUUCAAAGAAAGUAAUCUUCAUGAUGAUAUUGGGGUUGUCGAUAAUACUAAUGAUAGACAUGAUACCUCUAUGGUAAGAGUACAAUAUAUUUCCAGGGAUACUCUAUCAAUGGACCCAAAGCAAAGGUUUCAGCGGCUAUUUUCCCUUCAAAGUCGAUGGGAUAUGGAGGAUUUAUGGCCCUUUGUGGAAGAAUUGAAUAUCCGCGGACUUAAACCGGAUUCCUUUGUGGCCAAAUUUGCCCGUCGCCGGAAAGUCGGCCGUCGCGUCGUGAUUUCCAGCCGUGGGUAG